GAAUUCAUAGGAAUUUUACAUCUGAAAAGGAACAUACUAGAGUCUGAUAAAAAAUACAUCAAAAUUAAACACUUUUCUUCUCAUCUUUUUUGCAUUUAUCUUAUUUUUCAACAUUCUCUAGAGAAAAAACACACAUAUCUGGGUAACUUUUGGGAUCUGAGGAAAUCUGAAUCCAAGUUUGCUGAUCUUUCUUCUUAAAUGGGUUCUUCUUCGGACAAGUUGUUCAACAGAGAAAGGACAAUACAUGAGAUUCUGGGAGGAGGCAUUGUUGCAGAUGUGAUGUUGUGGAGGAAGAAGAAUGUGAGUGUUGGUAUAGUUACAGUGACCAUAGCUUCAUGGAUGGUGUUUGAGGCAUUUGCUUACACAAUCUUUACUCUUAUUUCGAGUGUUCUUCUUCUCUUGCUCUCUAUUCUCUUUCUCUGGUCCAAAUCUGCUUCCAUUCUCAACAGGCCAUCACCGCCACUACCGGAGUUUCAAAUAAGUGAAGCGAUGGCGGAAGAAGCUUCAAUAUGGUUACGCAUCCAUGUGAACAAACUACUUCAAGUUUCGUAUGACAUUGCAAUGGGAAGAGACUCAGAGUUGUAUACCAAAGUAGCAGUCUCUCUGUUUCUCAUCUCAUUAAUCGGAAGCCUCAUGGAUUUUCAGACACUUUGCCACACCAGCGUUUUGGUGGUUAUGACGGUUCCAGCUGUCUAUGAGAGAUACGAAGAUCACAUUGAUGGAUCUAUACUGUUUAUCUGCAACAAAGCUAAAGAGCUUUACCUUAGAGUCGAGGUAUUGGCUUUUCCAGAAAAUAAGAAACUGAGCUGAGAUGCUAUCACCUCUUUCUUCUUCAAGAGUUUCUUCUUCUGUCUUUUCUGAUUUCUCAGUUUUGCGGAAAGAAAGGGAGAAAAUGUAUGAUUUUUGAUAAAUGUUGGAAUGGUAC